UUUCAAUUGCUAACUAUCUUUUUACUGAUGAUGGUCUGAUAAGACUGAAUCCGAUGGAUAAACUUAGAUUUUUUAAAGCAAUAUUUUUUAAAUAUUAUAUCAUUAUACACUAUGUUUUUUACUUCACUGUAAGUUUUUUUUUUAAAUACAAAGGUUGUUGUGUACGUUGUAAAUAUAAUUCAUAUGCAAACUGGUGCUAAUGUUAAUAUAUAGGUAAAUGAAUAUUUUUUGUUGCAUAAAGCAGCUCAUUAUCAAUUAAACUCCUAUUAUAACCUAUUUCACAUAAUUAGCAGACAAAAAAUAGAUUUUAAUAAUAAUUAUUUUUUUGGACCAAUUUAUAGAACUUAACGAAAGCAUGCAUACAAUUAUAAGAUUUCUUAAGGAAACUACUAUUUACACAGAUAUUUACAUUAGUUUAUGGAUCUUUUGCCAUUAAAUGACAUGGUCGAAAAUAACGAAGAAAGUAGAAAUAUAAACGAACUUACUAUUCCAGUUGCAUGGGGACAUAUAGCAGCCUGUUUUAGUUAAAGCCUGGGGAGAACCACAUCACAAACAUGUCCUUAUGUUCCACGGAAUAGGAGAUAAUGCAGGUAGUUUCGACAACUUGCUAGCACUCUUACCAAAAAACUUCUACUAUAUCUGUACAGAUUUCCCAAGCCAUGGCAAGUCAUCUCAUCUUCCGCUGACCAUACCGAUAAAUGCUAAUGGUUAUAUUUUAAUUGUAAAGAUGAUAAUGGAUUAUUUUAAUAAAGACAAAUACAUUUUCAUCGGCCAUAGUCUGGGAGGCCUGUGUGGUUUCUGGAUCUGCAAAAUAUAUCCUGAGAGGUUCGAAAAAUUUAUAGCCAUAGAUGGGUCGCACUUCUUCACUGUGGAAGCUAAAGACUGCAUAAAAUACCUGAAACUAAUGCUGUCGAAGCAGGAGAAAAUGCGGCAGUAUUUAUUACAGGGGAAAGGUUUGGAGUAUACGUAUGAUGAAAUUGCUGAAAUUGUUAGUACGAGACGAUAUGGUGACGAAGUUUUAACCAGAAAAGCCACUGAACCACUGUUAAAACGAUGUCUGGAACCGACGGGUAAUGGCAGGUACUACUUUACAACAGAUCUACGAGUUUUCUUUAUGAUUGGCCCCCUUCAAGACAUUAGCUAUGCGCGAGACCUAUUAAGGAUGACCUCUUUUUCCUGCCCUGUUCUGAUGGUCCUUGCUAAACAGAAUCAGCGUCUAUUAAGAGAUUUCAAACCCACGGUUAAAGAAGUGAUGAAAACUGAAAACAUAACUACUGUUUUUGUGGAUGGAAAGCACGACGUCCAUAAUAACAGACCGGAAUUGGUAGCACGUCAUAUUAUACAUUUUUUACAAAACAAGUCCAAAAUAUAAAUUUUUAACUACUAGAAA